AUGAGUACAUUCUAUAGUUUGCCGUAUGCCUGCGUUGUAGUACUGCUUUGUCUGGUGACGGCCUGUGCCGCGACGUUUCCUGGCGGUCGGGCGCUUUUCGGGUGUUCCUUCCCACGGUCGCGUUCGCGCCUUCCCGUUGGUACAUUGUCGGCUUCGCUGGCGGACCAAAAGCCCUGUCUGGCAGCAUUAUCCGUCUUGACUGACACUCGUGGAGGAGCAGCAGCAGUCUUUGAAGACAGCGACAGUGAAGAAGACGACGAGGACGAGGACUUUUUGUUUGGUAUGGACGAUGCCGAUGACUUUGACAUGGCCGAAUCGGAGUUCGCCGAAGACAAUACCGUUGAUCGCAUGAUUGACGCCUGGAGAAAGACUCCGCCUCUCACGAAGGGGUACCUAUCGGCGUCCUUUGCCGCUACCCUGUACGGUUAUCUUUUCAACCGCAACGAAUUUCCCACCGUCCUGCUGUUGGAUUGGAAACCCGUACUGCAAAAGCUACAAAUAUGGAGACUUCUCACUUCGUUUCUGAACUUCGGACCGCUCGGAUUGGGCUAUUUAAUGACGGCGCACUUUGUGUGGACCUACAUGGCCACGUUGGAACGUCUUAAUCACGAUCGGCCCUACGAUUUCUGGAUUAUGAUUUUCUUUGGUCAGCUCUCCAUGGUCGUGGGAUACCCCAUUUUCAAACUCAGUCCGCGCUUUUUGGGACACAAUCUUUCCACAUUUUUGGUUUACAUUUGGAGUCGCUAUCACGAAGGCAUGGAAGUUAACAUGUUCGAGUUGUUCAAUACCCGCGCGGAAAUGUUGCCCUGGUUUUUUCUGGCGCAGACCUUUUUGCUCGAGGGCGAAUUGCCCGUACUAGACUUUCUCGGUAUUGUCUUUGGUCACAUUUAUCAUCACUGCAAGACGGUCGGUAUAUUACGGGCACCCGACGUCGUCGUCGAAUGGUACAACGGGGAUUCGUCUCUGGCACGACGGAUACGGAGCGAGUACAAACCUAUUUCGUCCGACUUUGAAAUGUAA